AAAGAGUAAAGAGAGGUUCUUAGCUUUGGUUUGGCAACCCAAACUCAACCAGGCGGAGCUUUCGAUCUCACACACUCUCUUACACUCUUCGUCUUUCCUCGUUUCUAUCGACAAGACAGCAAUCCAAACUAAAGUCCCAACAAAUAUCUUCCUUCCUUCACUUCUGUCUUAAAUACUCUCUCUCUUUCUCUCUUUCUCCCUGUGCUUUCUUUGUUUCUGAAACAAUCCAUCAUUUCUUGUUCAAGGCCUUUCGGGUUCCAAAAUGGAGGCAACAUUGCCUGUUUGCAAAUCUGUUACAUCUACUCCUGGUUUAUUCAUGAAGAGAAAUAGUGGAAUCAGGAAUUCUCAAUGCAGCUUUAUGGUGGGAACUAAGGUUAACUUUCCUAGACAAAGAACUCAGGCUACCCAAGCUAAUCACUGUGCUAAGAAGAAUGGAGGAGCUCUUGGGGUUACAUGUCGCGCAGAAAAAAUUCUGGUAGCAAACAGAGGAGAGAUUGCUGUUCGUGUUAUUCGAACUGCGCAUGAGUUGGGGAUUCCAUGUGUUGCUGUUUACUCAACCAUAGAUAAGGAUGCACUUCAUGUGAAAUUGGCUGAUGAGUCGGUUUGCAUAGGUGAAGCACCCAGCAACCAAUCGUACUUAGUGAUCCAAAAUGUUUUAUCUGCUGCUAUCAGUCGUGGAUGCACAAUGCUGCAUCCUGGAUAUGGUUUCCUUGCUGAAAAUGCUGUUUUUGUGGAAAUGUGCAGAGAACAUGGAAUAAACUUUAUUGGGCCUAAUCCUGACAGCAUACGAGUCAUGGGUGACAAAUCAACUGCUAGAGAAACAAUGAAGAAGGCAAAUGUUCCAACUGUACCAGGAAGUGAUGGCUUGUUACAGAGUACCGAGGAAGCAGUAAAGCUUGCCAGUGAGAUUGGUUAUCCUGUGAUGAUCAAGGCAACGGCAGGUGGUGGAGGACGUGGAAUGCGGCUUGCCAAAGAACCUGAUGAGUUUGUAAAGCUGCUACAGCAAGCUAAAAGUGAGGCUGCUGCGGCAUUUGGAAAUGAUGGAGUUUAUUUGGAGAAGUAUGUUCAAAAUCCAAGACACAUUGAGUUCCAGGUUCUUGCAGACAAAUUCGGUAAUGUUGUUCACUUUGGUGAGAGAGAUUGCAGCAUUCAGAGACGUAACCAAAAGCUGUUGGAAGAAGCACCAUCUCCUGCUUUGACUCCUGAGUUACGAAAGGCUAUGGGUGAUGCAGCAGUUGCAGCUGCAGCAUCCAUAGGGUACAUUGGUGUUGGAACGGUCGAGUUCCUUUUGGAUGAAAGGGGUUCCUUCUACUUCAUGGAAAUGAACACUCGAAUCCAGGUGGAACAUCCAGUAACUGAAAUGAUUUCUUCUGUCGAUUUGAUUGAGGAACAAAUUCGUGUAGCCAUGGGAGAGAAACUUCAAUACAAACAGGAAGAUAUUGUUCUUAGGGGACAUUCAAUUGAGUGCCGUAUCAAUGCAGAAGAUGCUUUUAAGGGAUUCCGACCGGGGCCAGGGAGAAUAACAGCAUAUUUGCCAUCUGGAGGUCCGUUUGUUAGAAUGGAUAGCCACGUUUAUCCUGAUUAUGUGGUUCCUCCAAGCUAUGAUUCCCUACUUGGAAAGCUUAUUGUCUGGGCUCCAACGAGAGAAAAGGCAAUUGAGCGAAUGAAAAGGGCUCUUGAUGACACUAUUAUUACUGGAGUCCCAACAACAAUAGAUUACCACAAGCUUAUCCUUGACAUUGAGGACUUCAAGAACGGAAAUGUUGAUACUGCUUUCAUACCCAAGCAUGAACAGGAGUUAGCAGCGCCUCAACAAAUUAUACUAGCCAAUUCAGCUUCAUAAAUAGAUCACUUCUCAAAUUACAACCUUGUUCAGCUAAUUUUCGAGCGCGGUUACACGAGGCCAGAGUUUUCCUGCAAAUCUGCCGGAAGCUUUCAUUUCAUUUGUGGUGUUUGGAUGCUUUUCCUUUGUUUUAGAACUUGUAGAUUUCGUGAGAAUUUGUCGCGAAAUUUUGAUGUAUUUUGUAUGUUUUCCUUUUAGUUUGGGUCGAACUGGUUUAAAACUCAUCCAUGCUUGCAUAAUCCUGGAAGUACGUAUUUAGUUCAGAGUUCAGACAUGCGAAAUUGUUCAAAUGAAGGGAGAUAUUUAGCUCAAUAA